GUCUAUCGAUGUUUCUGUGACAGGCUACAAGUCGACCACCCCACCCAAACCUUAAAGUUUGAGGUUAUUUGGAGUUUUUUGUGACGAAUAUGACAGCCAUAAGUGGAAAUGCAUCAUUUCUCGGUUUUAAUGUUCUUUCCACCGGCGGCGCGAACAUGAAAAAAAAAUGAUGUCCGGCGAUGCGCGCGCGGCCGUUCCCGCCGCUUUCUCCACGUCCUGGAAGCGCGCGCCUCAACGGCUCGCGACCUGCCCGCGCCCGCUCUCGGCCUCCAUGGCAACGGCGCCGACGCACACCUGCCUGGCGCUCCGAGUCGGUCCCGCGCCGCCGAGCGAAGCUGCUGCGAUCUGCUACCGUUUGUCCGCCCUGUGAGUAAUGGCGUGGACGGGAGAUAAUUGCGCGCGAGCGCAGCCGUGGAGCCCGCGCGAUCAAAGCGUGCAGAUCAUUCAGCAACCAGUCCCACAGCAACCCACGACUGUCUUCCAGCACAUUCCGUCAGCCAUGACAUGUCCAUCCCCACCCUUUUGUCCAGGACGUGUCAAGGAAGAUCUGGUGGAGCUCAUGAUGAUCCAGAACACCCAGAUGCACCAGGUGAUCAUGAACAACAUGACCAUGUGGGUGCUCGGGUCCUUCGGCUACUCCCAAGCUCCUCCGGCUGCGGAGACUAUUAGAUACCCGGUGCUUGUGGAGAACGAGCCCCCGGAAGUCUUUCACCAUUACUACGAGCCUGCCCCUUUCCCCGCCUACGUUGCCUGGAUGCCGCCACCUCAGCCUCAGCCUGCUGUAGUCUACCAGAACGGUGCAGACCUUCAGGACCCGGUACCCGCAGCCCUCCAAGACAGGAGUGCCGUCCCUGCGCUGCCCCCCUCCCGGUGCCACUGGGAUAGUGGGGGCAAACACCCCCCCAGCAACAGGUAUCCAUCACAUGAUCCAUCUGCAUGCAUAUUUAUGAGUAUAACACUCGCUCCUACAAAGAAGCCCAAUCGAUCACACGCAUCGAUCCAUCCCAAUAGCCCAGUACCUACCGGAGCAGAAAGCAGCGCAUUGGGGAGCCCCGUGGUUACAGCAUGA